AUGGGCGUGAAGGACCAUCUGGAGGAUGGGACAGGCCACAUCCUCAGUCUGGGGUUGGAUCUGGAUUACCUUCAUGUGGAAGGUGCUGAGCGGCAUGCCAGCCUGAGCACUGAUACAGGUGCUGGGAAUAUAGGGGUCUUACAGAUCAGUGCUGGUGCCCAAAAUAACAGCUGUAACAGUAUUGGUAGUAGUAGCACUGGUUUUAGAACCCAUUCAAGCUAUAGCGGCAGUAGUAGUUGCAGUAACUUCUCUGAGGAGAGUACUGUAUCCGACAGUGAUGAUGAACGGCUCCAUAAUGGGUUCAGGCUGGACCUGGCACCAAAUAUAUCCCCUGGAGACUCCCCACAGCCAGAAAUAUCCUCUCCUACUGACCCUGUCACAGACUACCGCACCAAGGUAGAGUUUGCUCUCAAGCUGGGAUACUCUGAGGAGCUGGUGCUGCUGGUGCUGAGGAAACUGGGCCCAGAUGCACUCAUCAACGAUAUUCUGGGUGAGCUGGUCAAACUGGGAACCAAGACAGAGAUGGAGCAGCAAGGUUGUUCUGCUGUCUCCCAGUCUCCCACCUCCUCUUUGUCAUCAUCUUUGGCCUGUUCCUCCUCCUCCUCCUCUUCCUCCUCCAACAACCCCUCUCUGGACUCCUGUCGGCUGAUGUGUCCAUCCCAGCUGCUGGAGGACAAAGAAAACCUUCGGCCUGUUGUGGUAGAUGGGAGCAACGUAGCCAUGAGUCAUGGAAAUAAGGAAGUGUUCUCCUGUCAAGGCAUCCAGCUGGCUGUUGAUUGGUUCUUGGAGAAAGGUCACCGUGACAUCACUGUUUUUGUCCCUGCCUGGAGAAAGGAGCAGUCACGACCUGAUGCUCCCAUCACAGACCAAGAGAUCCUGAGGCGACUAGAGAAAGAGAAGAUUCUGGUUUUCACCCCAUCGCGCCGCGUGCAAGGACGCCGUGUGGUUUGCUAUGAUGACCGCUUCAUUGUCAAACUGGCCUAUGAGUCAGACGGCAUCAUUGUUUCCAACGACAACUACCGUGACCUAGCCAAUGAGAAGCCAGAGUGGAAAAAAUUCAUUGAUGAGCGUCUACUGAUGUACUCCUUUGUAAACGAUAAAUUCAUGCCACCAGAUGACCCACUAGGACGCCACGGACCCAGUCUGGAGAACUUCCUAAGGAAGAGGCCUGUUAUUCCUGAACACAGGAAGCAGCCAUGUCCUUAUGGAAAGAAGUGCACAUAUGGCCAUAAAUGCAAGUUUUACCACCCUGAAAGGGGUAGCCAGCCCCAGCGUGCCGUGGCUGAUGAGCUCCGUGCCAGUGCCAAAAUUUCAUCAGUAGCCUCCAGAGGCCUGCUGGAAGAUGUCUUGAUGAUGAAGGGCCAAAGUUCUGGUCAACCAGAAGCAAUGGCUGAUCGGGGUACUCCAAAGAAACAGCGAAACCCCAGCCCAUGGCGCUCUUUUAAUGACCUCCUGGAGGACAGGCUUCGGGUCCAGUCCAAAGUGGAAGGACGUAGGGGGAGCAACAGCAGCAGCAGCAGCAGCAGCAGCUGCAGCAGUAGCUUUCUAGGGAAUCUUGUUCCAGGGGGCCACCCUUCAUCAGGAAACCUGGACCGAUGGGAGCACCCUGGGGGAAGUGGUGGAGGCAGCUUCUGGGUUGCUGGAGCCUCAGGACCAAGUCAGGCUGAAACUUACCACAAGUGCGAGUCUCCAGACUUGGGCUACAGCUCACUGGUUAAAGCCUACUCUGGCCUCAGUUUGGUAGUGCCACAGAGCCCUGAAUGCUUCUUCCCAUCUGAUCUGCGAACUGGAUCACUGCUGUCAGACUGUAGCAGUGAAGGCAGCUCAGACUCUUUCUCCCCUGACCCCUUGUUAGACGAUGGCCCCAAGUGCCACCAUCACCACCACCAUCCUCACCACCAUCAUCACUGCUCUGGCAAGUACGCUUACCCUGCAAGUCUUCCUCCUGGACUGGGCCAGCAUGCUCCUCAUGGCCAUCCCGUUUCUCAAGCACUGCGUCGGCAACAUGGUUUUGCCUUGGAAGACCCCAAGGCUUCUGUUAGCUCUCGUGCAUCUCCACGUCCCUUUAAGACCCCUUCAGCAUACAUCCCACCCCACCCUCAACAUCCAUUGCUGAGCAGUUUCCCUGGGGAAUUCCCAGCUCAUCAACACCAAACAUCCACUGCUCAUUCCCGCCCUCAGAGCUCCCCCCUUGGCCGCAAUAUAAUGGGCUCCCUUUGGCAGGAAGAAGGGCUCCAGGACAAUAACGUAUAUAAAGGGUCACCACUUUAUUCUAGAAGAAACCACUCUGGGAUAAACCAACAACCACAGCAUCAGAUAAACUGGGAUCCCCAUUACCAGCAGUCCCCUAAGCCUUACUAUGAUCUGUUUGCCUUCCAGAGCCUUCCAGAAGUACAUGAGAAGGCUUGGCAUUCUCCUUGGGGCAGGCAAGUCCAUUCUUCACCCCGUGGCCUUUCAGCAUCAAGUCCUCCACCACUUCCACUGCCGUCCCUUCCAACCAUCACUGCUCAUAAAAGCCACCUGCCCUCAGUGCCCCAGCACCAGGAGCCCCCUUCCUUGGGUCGAUACCAGGACCUUAGGGAGAAGGUGUUUGUGAACUUGUGUCGGAUCUUCCCUCCAGAUUUGGUGAGGAUGGUGAUGACCAGGAACCCUCUUGUGAUGGAUGCUCAGGAGCUUGCAGCUGCAAUUUUGAUGGAGAAAUCGCAGCACUGUUCUUGA